AUGCAUUUCUCACAAUUGGCUUCACUGGCACUUGUUGGCUCUGCUACGGCUUGGCUUCCUCAUGAACGUGAUUUGGCUUCGUUCAAUCAAACUGCCAGAUUCGAACAACUUGGAAAACGCUUCAAGCCAAACUUGGGUAGUGGUAUUACCAAGAUUCGCGGUGUCAACUUUGGCGGCUGGCUUGUUUGUGAAAAAUGGCUUCAAGAAGAUACAUGGGCAAACAAGCUUCAAUGCGGCAACUCUGCAUCUGAGUUUGACUGUAUGAACGAUCACUACAAAGGCAGCAAUCGCGAAAAAGGAAAUCAACGUUUCGAAGAGCAUUGGAAGACUUGGAUUAAUCCUGAUACUGUUCAGUCUGUUCACGAUGUUGGAUUGAAUACCAUUCGGAUUCCCAUUGGGUACUGGUCUUACACAGCUAUUGUGGACAAGGCUUCUGAGCCUUUUGCUGAUGGCGAUCGAAUGCUGCCUUAUCUCGAUGCUGUCGUUAAAAAGGCUGCUGACUUGGGUAUCUAUGUCAUCAUGGAUCUCCAUGGCGCUCCUGGUGGACAGCAGGAAGAUGUCUUUACAGGCCAGAACAACAAACCGGCCGGAUUCUACAAUGACUAUAAUUUUGGACGCGCGGAGAAGUGGCUUGCUUGGAUGACGAACCGUAUUCACACCAACCCUGCUUAUUCCACCGUUGGUAUGAUUGAGGUUCUCAACGAACCUGUUUCUCGCCACGAUGGAGGUAAUCGAUACCCUGCGCCGGGUCAGGAUCCAGGCCUAAUUCAAAAAUACUAUCCCGCUGCUCUCAAAGCCGUUCGCGACACGGAAUCGGGCCUUAAAGUCUCCAACGAUAAGAAACUUCAUGUUCAAUUCAUGUCGAGCAAGUGGGACUCUGGUGAUGCACGCACGCAAUCAUCUAUCGCCAACGACGCACUCACUGCUUUCGACGAUCACAACUACAUCGGCUUUGCUCUGAACGACAACCAAAACAGCAACGGAGAUGCCUACAAGCUUAUGCACAGCGCCUGCACAGAUUCCCGUCUCGUCAAGGGACAGGACUUUAUGCUUACUGGCGAAUGGAGCAUGACGUCCAACUAUGACUGGAAGGAUAAAGAGUUUUUUAAUAAAUUCUUUACUGCGCAGCAGCAGUUGUAUGAGGUGCCUGGUAUGGCGGGGUGGGUGUACUGGACGUGGAAGACGGAGACAAAUGAUCCUAGAUGGACGUAUUCGUAUGCUACGUAUUUGAAGUAUAUUCCUACUGAUGCGGCGGGGUUGCAGAAUAAUGUUUAUCGGGAUGUCUGUGCUGGCUAUAGAUAA